GGUGUUCUUUAUUUAUGUGCUCCGUAUUAUUGAAUAACUAAUAGAACAGAGAAUGAUGGCUGAUAACAUUAAUGUAACAGAUAUUCACCUGGGAAAGACAGUCAAAUUAAGCUACGGUGUCUUCGGAGAGGUCGAUAUCGGUAAAUUUGACAAUCAACUGAUUGCUGCCUAUAAAAUAUCUACUAAUUUUCCAAUUUGUUCAUCAACAUUUGGGAGUCUCGAACAUGAUAACAUUAUCAAACUCUAUGGAAUCAGCAACAAGUGUUUCCUAAUGGAAUAUACGGGCUUUGAAUCACUACACAGCUUCUUGCAUGAGCAAUGUCAAGGGACAUAUAAGUUGAAAAAUGCCCUCAACUGGAUGCGUGAGGCAGCAUUGGGUCUUGAGUAUAUUUACUUACGUCAUCCGCAACUGACAUUUCUCAAGCUAUGUCCACAAUUAAUAUACUUCGGUACUAAAUUUUCGUACUCUGGCUUCAAAAGUGUGAAGAUUGCAAUACUUCCGGAUAAAUUGAUAGACCAUAAAAAGGCAGCCAAUUAUUUCUCUCCGGAGGAAUUUUAUGGAGAGAAAAAUGCAAUGGGACAGAGUGAUGUGUUCAGCAUUGGAAUUAUCAUUUGGGAAGUAUUAGCUCGUAAACAGCUCUUUCAUCACACUAACUACACAUAUACAGAGAUCGUUGAGGCAGUUUUGAGAGGAGAACGACCGUCCAUGGAUGAAAUAACAAUAAAAAUCGACAGCCAGUUGAAGAGUUUAAUGAGGAACUGUUGGAACACAAAUCCAGAUGAGAGACCAACUAUUCAAAUGGUUAUAUCUACACUCAGCGGAAUCCUCGAAAAAGAAGAGUGCCUUGAUCAGUUAAUACCGGAAUACUUAGGAUUAUAUGUAGAUAUGGAUAUAAUUGAUAUGGGCAAGAAAAUCGGUGAAGAUUGCUUUAGUGUUUCCCAAAGAGCAACGUGGCUUAAUAUGGAAAAAACUAUAACUAAAUUGAAGUUUUCGACUGAUCAAUGGACUCCAACAUUGUCUUUUAAAAUGAAACUUAAUAAGAAUAUAAGGAUAAAUAGUGCAUUCCUUGUAAAUUUAUAUGGCUACUCAUUAGGUAAGGAAGGCAUUUACUUAAUAUCAGAUUACUCAGAUGAUGGGUCUUUGCACGAUUAUGUGCAUGGCGGAGGGCGGAGCAAGUUUUCAGUAAAUAACCUUAUUAAAUUGAUGUUGGAUGCUGCCGAGGCCAUUUGUUUUCUUAACACAAGAAGGAACAUACGGCAUACGUUUCAUACCUACAUCCUAACUCCGCAUAAUAUGAUCUUGUUUAACAAUUUCAAGAGAUUGAAGAUUAGGGAUAAUUUCUUCAAUGUUGACGCUAGAAGUUUCUUAAACUUCGCUAAAACUACAUACGAUUUAGUCUAUAUAGCCCCGGAGGUUUUUGAAACAGAAAUUUUCACUGACGCAAGCGAAGUUUACAACUUUGGAAUUAUCCUGUAUGAGGUUUUCGCACGCAAAAAACCUUAUUAUAAUUUAUAUCCAAUAGAAAAAGAUGAUUUACGGUACCACAUAGCUUUAGGAAUCCGUGUGCUUAUGCCAGACAUAGAAGAGCUGAAGCUACAGUACAUAGAAAAUUUGAUUAGGAAAUGCUUGCAUCCACAUGAGCAUAAGCGUCCGAAGCACGGCAUUUUGGUGUUAGAUCUUCAAAGCCAACUAUUAUUAAGCACUGACAACUCCACUAUGAUGAAACCUUACGGAUUUGUACACUAUUCGGACAUAAAUUUCAUGGAGAGCAUUGGAAGGGGCAGCUUUGGCAUAGUCUAUCGAGCAGAUUGGCUUAAAAAUGAUGUCGCUGUAAAAAAAAUCAAAAUAAUUGAAGCCGAAAAUAAGGAUACAGCAUUGAAAGCUUUCGAAAAAGAAGUGAACCAGCUGUCCCUCACUAACCACGAGAAUAUUGUAAAAUUAUAUGGUAGUUGUUCUCACGAAAACUUCGCAUACUUAGUCAUGGAUUAUGCAGAGUGUGGAUCCCUCUAUAACUACUUGCACGGAGACGAACAAAAGGAGUAUACAAUGGCCAGAGCUCUAGACUGGAUGAUUCAGUGUGUUCAGGGUAUUCAGCACUUGCACUCCAUGACACCGAAACCGAUGCUUCAUCGUGACCUAAAGACUCAAAAUCUUCUAUUAACCGACAAUAACAGAAUAUUGAAAAUUGCUGAUUUCGGCACUGCGACGGAUCUGAGAACUCUGAUGACGAGUGCGAUUGGCACUGUAGCUUAUAUGGCCCCAGAGGUUCUGAGUGGAGAAAAGUAUACGGAGAAGUGCGACAUUUAUAGCUUUGGGAUUGUUCUCUGGGAGGUGAUGGCGCGCAGAAAGCCAUUUCAUCACUUGAAGAAUCAACGCAAUGAAACAAUUAUGUUCUGUGCGUCCAAAGGUAACCGACCACCAUUAGAUGAUCUUAUGCCGAACUGCAAUGAGCUUAAAACGCUGAUUGAGAACUGUUGGCACCACAAUCCAGAAAACCGACCGGCAGCCAAAAAUAUUUCACUUGAUACUGUUCCAUGUUUUUAUAGUUUAAUCAAAAGAACAGCUUGA